UAUGGCAGCUAAAGGUGGCGUGACAAAAGACAAUAACUCAGGUUCUGCUUCGAUUUUGGGCUCGGGUCCAGGCUCGAGUUCUGGCUCUGGGUCAGGCUCAGACUCGAACAGUACUAAAUCUCAUUAUCAAGAAUUUAUAAAUUUGACAGUAACAGCUAGUUCUUGUUCUCAAGAAAUUAUAAAUAUGACAGACACAAAUGAUGUGACAGAAGGAAGUAACUCGGAAUCGUAUUUAAAACAUGUUAAAAUGAUUUCUCUUUUGUCUGAUGAUAACAGCUCUGUUCUACCCAGUAAUAUUAAUUUUCCUUUGGCUGGAUCAAAUUUUGAGAGUUAUGAGUAUCAUUCUCAGCGACAUGAAAGUAUAGCAAAAGAAAAAGACUUAAAAAGAAAAGAUCCCAUCACUGAUAAUACUUGUUCGAAUAAUGAAUCACGUGCUGCUUCAGAUUCUGAUGGUUCGAACAUGUUUGCGAAUAUUGACAAUUUUGACGAUUUCUUUAAAAGAAGUGCGACUUUGCUAUCUAUGAAUGAAAACUCUGAUUCUGAAGUAGAUGGAGAAAAUCUUGAAUUUUAUCCGCAAUAA